GGGCGCAGCUUCGUCACUGACUGUCGGCUACUGGAAGGAGGAAAGAUUAAGAGCGGCACGGAGCAUCUCCAUCCUCCGCAGUCUCCUUUUCAUCCCGCCCGUCGGAAUUGAGCCUCAGACGGGCGCGCGGACCAGACGCCAACCGGAAAACGUGACGGCGGCUGCGGCCGCUGCUUUUCCCUAUCGCCGCGAGAACACACAGCAAUGUGAAUGGCGGCGGAAUUCCGCAGCAGGGCUGUCAGUGGGGGGCAGGAGGAGCCGCCUGUCUCCGGAGCCGUCGCUCACUCGCACGCGCGCAGCCACGAUGGCCACCUCCAGUUCCAGCCCCUCACACGCACCUCCCAGUGGCAGGCCACUCUGGAUCACACCAGGAGUCACGCUCGCACUCAUCACUUCAUCACUCCCUCGCGCGUGCAGCAGCCGAGGUACAGCUGUCGCCUCACACACAGUCUCAGGGCCAUGACCAAAGCAGAGAGGGGAGUGCAGGGCUCUGCGGAGAAGAUGACCAAGGCCAGUGAACCUCUGGUUCCCAAAGCUCCUCAGCAGUCUUUUCAGACAAACCUGAACCAGAAGUUGUCCAUAUGCAGCAAAUUAUGCUUUGCGAUCGGCGGCGCUCCCAAGGAGGUGACUUCCAGCGCUUCAGCCUUCUUCCUGCAAAUCUACCUGCUGGAUGUUGCUCAGAUCAACCCCUUCCAGGCCUCCUUGGUGCUGUUCAUAGGUAGAGUGUGGGGUGCAGUGACUGACCCGGUCAUCGGUUUCCUCAUCACGAAGAGCAGCUGGACCAAGAUUGGCAGACUCAUGCCCUGGAUAUUGGGUUGCACUCCGUUUCUGGUGCUGUCAUACUUCUGCCUCUGGUUCGUUCCCCCCUUCGUCAACGGCAGGUUCGUCUGGUACCUGGUCUUCUACUGCCUCUACCAAACCCUCAUCAACUGUUUCCACGUGUCUUACUCUGCUCUCACCAUGUUCAUAAGCACAGACCAGAAGGAGCGGGACUCAGCCACUGCUUACCGAAUGACGGUGGAGGUGAUGGGGACUCUAUUGGGCGCUGCCAUCCAGGGCCAGAUCGUGGCCAGCGCUCACAGUCAGAAGCAUUGCUCUUCUCACAACAUGUCUGCUGGUUCCCUUGGAAACAGCAGCGGGGCAGAGACCGUGGUGCCCUUCCAGGAGAACCUGUCACAGGCUAAGGAGGUCUACAUGAUUGCUGCGGGUGUGAUAGGAGGAGUGUUCCUGCUGUGCACUCUGGUGAUGUUCCUGGGAGUCAAAGAGCGGGAAGAUCCCUACGGCUCGAAGACGGAGGAGCAGGUUCCCUUCGUCCAGGGCUUCCUCAAAGUGAUGGGACACGGGCCGUACAUCAUCCUGACAGCCGCAUUCCUCCUCAUCACCGUUGCAGUUCAGCUGACACAGUCCAACUUCGUGCUCUUCUGCACCUACGCUGCCGGACUUAGGGAGCACUUCCAGAACAUCGUGGUGGUGAUCCUCGUGUCUGCGCUGUUAAGCAUACCAUUCUGGCAGUGGUUCCUGAAGAGAUUUGGGAAGAAGACAGCAGCUUUUUGUGGCAUCACGUGGAUCAUGCCCUUCUCCAUGAUGCUGGUGUUCAUCCCUAACUUGGUGGUGGCUUACAUUGUGGCUGUCUCCUCUGGGCUCAGCAUCGCCGCGUCGUUGCUACUGCCAUGGUCCAUGCUGCCAGAUGUGGUGGAUGAUUUCAGACUGACGAACAGCUCCUCCAAAGGCCAUGAAGCCAUCUUCUAUUCGUUCUACGUUUUCUUCGUCAAGUUGGCCGCUGGCAUCACCCUGGGAGUGUCCACCCUCUGCCUGCAGUUUGCUGGGUACGAAACCCGCGGCUGCUCGCAGCCCCCUCCUGUGGUGUACACGCUCAAGCUCCUGAUCGGCGCCGCUCCCAUAGCCUUCAUCGUCACGGGGUUAAUGAUCCUGGUUUUGUAUCCCAUCAACGAAGACGUACGACGCAGGAAUAAACUCUGGCUGGACGAGCUACGGAAGCAAAGCAUUGACUGAACCUACGAAGAUUUAAGUAACGCGUGAGCAGGAUGUUGGAGUGAAUUCACAAAGCCACGGAUUCCAGUCAUGAGGCUGGAAUGUUGCUCUUUGGUGUAUAUUACACUGUCAAAUAUGGAAAUAGUUUUAAUGUAAACAUUUUUUGUUUUACUGCCACACAUACUGUAUAGUCAUCUUGAAUAUAUAUAUAUACAUAUAAACAUAUGAUUUAUAUAAAUGAAUGUAUAUUAUUUGCUGUGUUUAACUCUACGCUGUUAUUUAUUUAUGAUACAUAAUUACAGAAAGAUUGAUGACAGAUGAUGAAUAAACGCCGUAGAGACAGGAUGGGACCAAAUAAA